CGCCCACCUCGGGCUCAGUGAGCCGGUGUGUGAGCGCCGCGACGCCUAGAACAGCACUGUCGUCGUCGGACGUAGCCGUCGCCGUCCUCGUCGUCAUCGUCGUCAUCGUCACCGUCGUGGAUUUGGCUACGGUCCCACGCUCUUCGUCCUCGUCCUCGUCGUCAUCGUCGUCGUCCUCCCCCUCCUCCUCGUUGUGGUCGUUCUUGAUCGAGGCGCCCCGUCUGUCCUCGUCGCCUUCGCGGUCAUCGUCAUCGUCGCCGUCGUCGUCGUCAUCGUUGUCAUCGUCAUCGACCUCCUCGCUCUCGAUAUAUCGCAGUGGUGCUGGCGCAAUCCGGGAGGCACGCGACUACGCCGAGUGGUUUCGUGCGCGAGUCGCAAUCGGCGCGGGAAGAGAGAGACGGACGAGUGCAGUACUGCUACUACCCCUCGCCACCCUCCUCUCUCGCCCCAUCCGUCUAUCUGUCCUGCCCGCGCCUUCCUUCUCUUUCUCCUCCACUCCCGACCACCCUCUCUUUCACUCUCUCACUGUCUCUCUCUCUCUUUCUCUCUCUUUCUCUCUCUUUCUCCCCAUCUCUCUCGUUCUCUGUACAUGCACAGUCUCGCUCUGUGCUGCACCCCUUGCCGCCGCCGUCAUCGUUGCUCCCGUCGCUCUCUCCCUUUCUCGCGAUCACGCUCGCCCUUCGCGCAACGACGCCACGCUGCUCGUACCCUGCACUGUGCUCGGCCACCGUACCGUCGUCGCAUCCAGCUCGCUCUCGGUUCACGUGUUACGCUGCGGGGACACGACGCUUCUCGAAACGACGGAUCUCCAUUUCACGUAUCGCGAGUUCUCCCGGCUGCUUCGGUUCCUGUCGACAUUGGAAGACGACGGCCGCGCAGCAGGGGCGAGUGGAACGGCGAGCGGGAACGCGAGGGAUAGAGAGCAGGAGUGAGCCGGAGGGAUCGAAAGAGGGAGAGGGAGAGAGAGAGAGAGAGUGACUGCGAGCGAGACGAAAGGACAAAGAGGAGGAAACGGGAAGCGCAGAAGAGGACGAAGGAUGUGUAGACGCCGCGGCGUCGUGCCCGUCGUGCCCGCAGGACCUCCGAAGUGGACAUUCGUGUAAGAAAAUGUAUUCGCGUGACGACCUUUAAACCUCGCCUCGGGCGUUCUCGCGUGUAGAAGAAGGGCAGAGGGAACGGGAGAAACCGGGCAGGGGGGGUGUUAGAGCGGGAGCGCGGGAAAGAGAGAGAAAGAAAGAGGGCGGGGGAGAUAGAGAGGGUGGCUGGGAGGGGGAUGCACGACGGAGAAGAUAGCGAUGCUCGAACGUGAUACUAUGCACGACCGCGAGGGUUGUUCCGCACGACGACGGGUUCGCACCACAUCCCGCAGGCUGCUGCCGACCGCGACGUAAUCAGUCCUCGGGUUCGCCGUCGACUGUUCCAUCGUCGGUGCAACGUGGCCUCAUCGUCGCCUGCGCCGCGAGAUGAACGAACGAUCCGCGCGAGGGAACGAAGUGCGUUCGACACGCCGUGAGAAGACGAGAUGAAAUCGCGUGUUACCGUUAUCCGGAAGAUACGAAUCGAUUCGUCGCGUCGCGUCCGGGAGUCCCGAUGGUGGUGGUGCACGGCCUGAUGGUCCCCGAUAACCAAGCGUGUUCUCAUCGCAACGUUGACGUAACAGCUGACGGACACGUGUGCGAGGUGCACGUGUGAUCGUGCCACGAGUUGACUGGCCGCCAAGGAACCCACGUUGUACAAGACAACGCAUUCUUCGAGACGGGGAGAUCGUUCUCCAGCGACCGUUUCAGGAUGAACGUAACGACGACCUAUAGCGGCACGAUCAGCAGCGUGACCAGUGUCAUUGGUCUCGGCUCCGAUAUAAGACUGAAGGCGACGACCAGCGCGAUCGACGGCGACCUCGACGUUUCGCCGGUGACCCUGUCGUCGGACUGGCCCAGAGUGGGUCGACUCUCGCUGCUGAUAGUUCUCGCCAGCCUCGGCAGCCUGGGUAACAUCUUCAUGAUAUCCGCCGUGGUGGUGGAGGAUCAGCUCAGCAAACGAGGAAACGCGUUCCUGGUAAAUGUGGCGCUGGCGGACCUGCUGGUGACCGGUCUGGUAAUGCCGGUCUCGAUGAUCGUGAUCCUGGCAGGCCACGAGGAGUCCCUGGCUACUUGUCGAUUCGAGUCGACCCUCGAGAUCCUUUGCUUCCUGGUGACCAUACUGACGCUGGCCACAAUCGCCGGCGAAAAUUACGCACGGCUGUGCACGUCCGCAGAGAGGUACGCCAGUCUGACGGUGCGCCACGUCACGACCAUGAUCAUCGCCAUCUGGCUGGUGGCCGUGAUCGUGGUGGUCUUGCAGUCGCAAUUCGACCUGGGCCCCGAUUUCUGUCGCCGGCGGAUCAACAGCAUCUCGAUGGAGCAAGCAGUGGGCGCGGGGGUGCUGGUCGGGUUGCCGGUUCUCAUAGUGCUCGUCUUGUACGCGAAGCUGGUGAUAUACGUGCGACGCGUGAUGCGGGGUCCGUACAAGCCGCCAAUCACCUUCUCCUGGGACUACGAGCUCACCAAGGCGAACAUAUUCAGCUGCCAGCUGUUCGCCUUGUUUUGGCUGCCGUUUGGCCUGGCGAUGUGCAUCAAUUCUUUCAAGUCGAUCAACCCCCGCGUGUUCUACCAUCUGUCCUGGUUCGCGCUGUCCAAGUCCUGCUUAAACUGCGUCGUCUACUGUCUGGACCGGCACUUCCGCUGCGCGUACAUCAAGCUCUUUCACUACUGCUGCUGCAAGACCUCCGUGAGUUUCUCGAGGCGACCCCGUGGCGGCGAGGGUGGCAGGAAUUCCAGCGACGUGCGCCUCAGGGUGCACAUCAUCCACUCGUACGCGAGUCCGUCGUCCUGUCGUCCCACCGUCGCCAGGCCCAAUGGACGUGACGUCUACGAGCUCUAGAGCGGACGCAGCUGCUGGACGCGCGAGGCUGAACGUGAACGUCAUUGAUGAAGAGGCAUCUUCACUGGACGCUGAUUGCGCGACGAGUUGGUUUCUCGCGAGGUCUCGGACGAUCGUUGAGUCCAGGUGAAGCUGCCCGGUGCGGCUGCCUUCGAUAUGACCUUAUAAGGAGUAUUCGUUGGUCCAUCUCCUCGAUUCCCGCGACUCGUCCUCCGAUAAAUUAUUCUGCGAGUUUUUACGAGUCCGGGAGAAACGCGAGUCCGUUCCAGGUGGAGUAACGAGAGUUUGAGCGCGAUUGAAGGCACGACGUUGUCGCGUAAAUCUAGUGUGGCUAUCGAUACGCAUCGCCGGCUUUCUAGACCAGUCCAAGUUAUCCGCGGACUGGAUGACUGUUACUUUUCAGCAACCCGCGAAGCUGCUGUCACUCUUGACUAAUAUAAUAUAAUAGCUCUGCUUUGUGUACUCCUUUGUAAAAAGAAUUUACGAGGAGAAAAUAUCGGCACUAAGAAUGAUCGUUGCAGUGUUUAGCAUUUAAUCAAUCCUCGUGGAGAGGCCGAGGAUCUCGUCGGACCUGGGAAGCAGACGUUUGAGGUCGGAAGUGCACGUUUUUCACGCUGACACGAAUGCUUGCCGUCCAGUGGAAAAAUCUCGUCGAAAGAAACGACGACUGCGGAGUUGUACGUUACGAUAUACCUGUGAACUGAGAUGGAACACGCUCUCUGAUUGUUCCAGGCAGACAAUGUCGGAGGAUGCUUGAUGAUCGAUUUAUGCGUGCAGCGUCUAGCGCAGAGGGACGCCAUUGGAGAUUUUCAGACGCGGAUAUACUCGACCGUAGAAUUCUCAUGUUCCUGACAUUAUCGGAUGCGUUUAUUUCAGACGUUGCACUUUAUCUCAUUUAUCGCGGAGCGUCGGUUUUCGGCAGAGAAACGCGGACGGGAACGCUGCUUCCGCGAGAUUUCAUUUUGCGGUAGGGAAGGAAGGGAGGAAGGGACAAGUGUCUCACUCGCGACAGCAUUUUAUCUGGCAGCAGGACGGGACGUGAACGGGUGAACCGCGGACGAGAGAGGGAAAAUAAGGUUUUUCCAAUCUCGAUUAAAUUUCUCGACGGAGCUCGCUCGGGCAUUCCGGGAAAAGCAAGAGGGGGGGCACGAAGUUAUACCGCUGGAGGGGAAUAAUUUACGCUGGUGCGCCGUAAGUUCGUCGUGUGUGAGAUUUAAGCUUAACGAACACACCCCGGUAGCGUCGCGGAGCGCCAUAUCCCGAAUUAUGGUGCUGCCGCGGCGCACGAAGUCGGCCGGAUGAAGAUGGAAAUGCCGUAACGCUUAAGGAGGUGCUUGGCGGCGCUCAUCAUCCCCCAAAGUUAAUAACAUUUCGGUAACGAGGUGUAGUCACGUGGAUUGGAUAAGGGCGAUCCGAUGUGAUAAAAGGCGGCAAUAAUAUCAGCUGGAACUUUCGCUAUUUCGCUCGUCCGUCGGGCCCCGACGGGCUCGGCGAUCUAAUCCUUUUAAAAAGUCGAGGGAAAGCCUCCCCAGCCGUUUAUUAUGCAAAUCGAGAACGGGAUCGCACUUGCGAGGAAACUUCCUUCAGUAGCGAUCGGAUGGAGAUUCAGGUGUCAGCUGAAUAUCGUCGCCUCAUUGGCGAGAUUUCGAGCAUCGAAGUAUGAUACGACGCGGGCACGCUUGAAACGUGCGCCUCGAAGCGGAUCGGCGAAUGCAAUCCUGAUGCUGUAUGACGGUUGCAUAAACUCGCAUAAUCCGGCCUCGAAGUUCUGCUCGACGAACGUCUACUUGUUCGUCUCGUGUUCAGGUCGACUCGCUGCUUGUUCCGGAACCGGGAGAGAGAGAGCCCCGCAGCGUUGCCUCCGAUCUACUUAAUUUCCAACAGAUACACACACACACACACACACAUACACGUACAUAUCGCACAGAAAACGUGAUUCCCGACGAUUAAUUACGUAUGUUGGCCCUCGACAUAUCUGAUUACGAAUAAUUGCCGUAACUCGUUACUGCCUCUGUGAUCUCGACGCGGAGAUAACUGGACGGGCGUCCACGCGUAACCGGAUUUAGCGCUCGAAAAAAAAA